UUUUCAAGCUCUUGUUCUUCUUCUUCUUCUUCUGGUAUUACACCAUUUAAUAAAGUUGCCAAAAAUGAUUUCUGAAGCUCAUUUAAGUGGCUGCUAAGAUUGACCAAAAUGGUUUCUGAAGAUCACGUGCAUGGUUAUACGUGCUAGUAGUGAUCUCUAAAUCACCUCUAAAAUGAAUAUUUAGGCUUAAUUCCAACCAAAACAGUGCCUAUAAAAAGGCUCUAAAUAUUACCCUUCAAAAGCAAUAUCAUUAGCUCAGUACUACUUCUUUUAUAGCUUUUCAAGCUCUUGUUCUUCUUCUUCUUCUGGUAUUACACCAUUUAAUAAAGUUGCCAAAAAUGAUUUCUGAAGCUCAUUUAAGUGGCUGCUAAGAUUGACCAAAAUGGUUUCUGUAUAUCACGUGCAUGGUUUAUACGUGCUAGUAGUGAUCUCUAAAUCACCUCUUAAUGCAAACCAAAUAGUGCCUAUAAAGAAGGCUCAAAAAUCUUACGCUUCAGAAGCAUCACUAGCUCAGUACUCCUUCUUUCAUCUCCUUUAAAACUUUUGUUCAACUUCUUCUGCUAAAGAGAUAAAAAUAUCUUUAAGCUUUAAGUGUGAAAUGGCGAAAGUGAUGGAUUGUAACUCAGUUCUCAUGGCUACGGUGUUUGUUUUUCUACUGUUUCUUUGGACGGCAACUGAAGCGAGCCUCAUUGUUAAUGUAACCUACCUCGAGAGUGCCAUAACCAAAGGAGCAGGGUGGGGGAUGGUGUGAAACCACUUCAGACUGCCAAGCUCGUGCAGCUAAGGACUUAUCUUCGAAAAAUAUGCCAAAAAUAACUUAUUUUACUGGAGUUCUAAGCAAUGAUCCUCAACUAAAUCCAGAUUUCUACAACUGGAACCUAGUCAAAAUUAGAUAUUGUGACGGGUCAUCAUAUACUGGCGAUAUUGAAGAAGUUGACCCCGAUACUAACCUCCACUUUAGAGGGGAAAGAAUUUUUGAAGCUUUCAUGGAGUAUUUCUUAGGAAAAGGGAUGAUAUAUGCUAAAAAUGCCAUCCUUAGUGGAACUUCAGCAGGAGGAUUGGGUGCAAUCCUACAUUGUGACAAAUUCAGACUUUUUCUCCCAUUGACUGCUAGAGUCAAAUGCAUCUCUGAUGCUGGCUUCUUUGUGAACGUAAAAACAAUAUCCGGAGAACCACAUAUUGAGGAAAUGUAUAAGAGGGUUGUUGCUUUGCAUGGAUCUGCCAAGAACCUACCACCCUCUUGUACCUUAUUCAGCUUAGACAACCCAAGUUUGUGCUUCUUCCCUCAAUAUGCAGAACAACAUAUUCACACACCAAUUUUCAUUAUUAAUUCAGCCUAUGAUUCCUUUCAGAUAAAUAACAGUUUGGUUCCCAAUGAUGCUGAUCCCUAUAAUGAAUGGAUAUAUUGCAAGCACGAUAUAAAUGUAUGCUCACCAAGUCAAAUCCUAACUCUCCAAGAUUUUAGGCUGGCAUUUUUGGAGGCAUUGAACGAACUAGGACCAAGUAUAUCAAGAGGUUAUUUCAUUUCCUCUUGUCAUUCCCACCAUGGCAUUGAAAUACAAGGCUACUGGUCCUACAACAACUCUCCAACAAUAGCUAACAAGACAAUUGCUGAAGCUGUUGGAGAUUGAUUUUUUGACAAGUGUGAGUUCCAAGGGGUUUAUUGCCCCUACCCUUGUGGCAAAUUUUGCCAGUAGAAAUUCUCAUGUUGUACUACAUACUAGCUAUUAUUUCUGUUCCUUUUUGUUUUUUUCAAUUUUAUUUUUUAACAAAUGGGGUAGCUAGUGUAAAGCUACCUCUAAUAUCUUAGAUUGUUGUUAGUCAACCUAGCUACUCAUGUAAUUGCUUAAGAUUAUUCUUCAAGAUUUAAUGUAUUAUGGCAGUUUGGAAUA